AUGUCUUCCAUCAACUUCACCACGAUUCUUUUCCUGGUUAUUGUUACUGUACUUACAGUUUCUUCAGCACCUCUAGUUGCACAACCAUUUGAAAUCAUUGACAAUCACUCCGACUUCUCUAUACUCCGUGAACACUUGCUGCUUCGCGACGAUGAUAGUGACAAAACUGAUGGCGAUAUUUUCUACAUUUUCGAAAAUAUCAAUUACACCAAAGUCAUCGAUGACAGGAGACGUGGUGGAUUCUGA